AUCUUCGUCCCACAGCCCACAAACCCUCGGCCACAUCUAAGCCAAUGACAGGACGAACGGGACGGUUUCAGCCAAUGACAGAGGAGUGUGAGUCCACACUGGUUUAGGCGACGCCGACCAUGGACUGGAGCGGUGUCCUUCUCGGUGUUGCGAAGUUUUAACGUUUUGUAUCAAUUCCAGCAAGAUACGGGGUUAGCGGCCCAGAGGAAUCAUGGGGGAAAUAGAGGGUUCGUAUCGGGUUCUACAGACCCCCGGCACAAGGCUGGGAGCCCAGUUCAACGCCGGUAUCAGCACGCUGGAGCCCGGCCAAAGCCUCAGUGGCAACAUGGUUGGCGGGAGCAAAAGCCACGGGCUGGGCCUCCAGAUCCGUGUGCAGGGACUGGACGACUCCCAGGAGCUCUUCAUCAUAGACCCAAAACUUCCUGGACAGAACCUCCUCUCUGAGGUUUUCCACAGGGGUAACCUCAUUGAAAGUGAUUACUUUGGCGUCGAGUUUCAGAACAUGCAAAUGAAUUGGGUAUGGCUGGAACCGACAAAGCCCAUUGCAAGACAAGUCAAAAGACCAGCGAAUACGCUGUUCCGACUUUCUGUGAAGUUCUUUCCCCCUGACCCCGGUCAACUGCAAGAAGAGUACACCAGGUAUUUAUUCUCCCUGCAGAUGAAGAGAGAUCUGAUGGAGGGCAGGUUGAUCUGUACAGAAAAUACUGGAGCGCUGCUGGCCUCACACAUUGUUCAGUCGGAGAUCGGAGACCAUGAUGACGCUGCAGACAGGGAGUUCCUGAGAGCAAACAAACUAUUGCCUUAUCAAGACAAAGUGCAAGAGAGAAUUAUGGAGUUCCACCACAGGCACCUUGGCCAGACUCCUGCUGAAUCAGAUUUCCAGAUUCUGGAGAUUGCUCGUAAACUGGAAAUGUACGGUGUCCGCUUUCACCCAGCAGCUGACCGAGAAGGCACCAAGAUCAAUCUGACUGUUGCUCAUAUGGGCCUUCAGGUCUUUCAGGGCAACACGAAAAUAAACACCUUUAACUGGUCCAAGAUUCGCAAACUGAGCUUUAAGAGAAAACGCUUCCUCAUAAAACUCCACCAAGAAGUCCAUGGGCCGCAUCAAGACAUUCUUGAGUUUAUGAUGGCCAGUCGUGACCAGUGUAAAAACUUCUGGAAGAUCUGUGUGGAGUACCAUUCGUUCUUCCGUUUGUUUGAUCAACCGGAACCCAAAACCAAAGCAAUCCUCUUUACACGAGGUUCCUCCUUCAGAUACAGUGGAAGGACCCAGAAACAGCUUGUGGAGUAUGUUCGGGAGAACGGAGCAAAGAGAACCCCUUAUCAGAGGAAGAACAGCAAAGUAAGAAUGUCUGCUCGCUCCUUUACCUCUGACAUGCCAAAACAGACCUUGUCGUUCAGUGACAGUCCCAGAGCCCCUUGCUCCCUUUCCUCCACCGCCGAGUCCUUCCUCCCUGCACACAUGACCCGGAUCUUUCCGCGAACUGAGCUACAACCUCAGCUCCAACCUUUCUCUGCACUCAGCCCGUCUCCAGCAGCGCAACAGCCGCCGCAGUCCCCGGCGGGAGCAGCCAGACCCCCCAGCCCUCCGAAGGAAGACUUCGUCAAGGCCGUUCCCCCGUCGCACUUCACUCUUCAAGAUUCAGUAAUGGACAAUCCUCAGCUCUCGCCCCUCACCUCCAAGGGUCCCCUCAGCCUGUCGCCUUCCUUCCAAAUGUCGACCCUCAGCCUGCCCAGCCAGGCCCCGUCUCCCCUGCAGAGCCCCAUCCUGAGUGAGGUGGGCAGCACUGCCAGGCUAGAGGAGGAGGAGGAGGGCAGGAGGAAGCGGUAUCCCACCGACAAGGCCUACUUCAUUGCCAAAGAGAUUCUGACCACAGAGCGAACGUACUUGAAAGACCUCGAGGUCAUCACCGUGUGGUUCCGUAGCGCUGUGAUCAAAGAAAACGCCAUGCCCGAGGGCCUCAUGACGCUCCUCUUCUCCAACAUCGACCCCAUCUACGAGUUCCACCGAGGAUUCCUGAAGGAGUUAGACCAGAGGCUGGCUCUCUGGGAGGGGCGGUCGAACGCUCACGUCAAAGGUGACUACCAGAGGAUCGGUGACGUGAUGCUGAAGAACAUGUGUGCUCUUAAGGAAUUCACCAGCUACCUGCAGAAGCACGACGAGGUGCUAACGGAGCUAGAGAAAGCCUCCAAGAGGAUAAAGAAGCUGGAGACGGUCUACAAAGAGUUUGAGCUGCAGAAGGUUUGCUACCUGCCGCUGAACACGUUCCUGCUCAAACCCAUCCAGCGCCUCAUGCACUACAAGCUCAUCCUGGAGAGACUCUGCAAGCACUACUCUCCUGCUCACCGUGAUUAUGAAGACUGUAAAGAAGCGUUGAAGGAAGUAGCGGACAUAGCCACCCAGCUCCGGAGCAGUCUCAUCCGGCUGGAGAACUUCCAGAAGCUGACGGAGCUGCAGAGAGACCUGAUCGGGAUCGAGAACCUAACGGCUCCGGGCCGGGAGUUCAUCCGAGAGGGCUGCCUGUACAAACUCACCAAGAAGGGACUGCAGCAGAGAAUGUUCUUCCUGUUCUCAGACAUGCUCCUCUACACCAGCAAAGGUGUCACGGCAACCAAUCAGUUCAAAGUGCAUGGACAGCUGCCACUUCACAGCAUGAUUGUUGAGGAAAGUGAGAACGAAUGGUCAGUGCCGCACUGCUUCACCAUUUACUCUGCUCAGAGGACCAUCGUGGUGGCUGCCAGCUCUAAGGUGGAGAUGGGGAAAUGGAUCGAGGAUCUGAAUAUGGCCAUCGACCUGGCUAAGAAGUCUCAGGAGAAAUCUGGCGUCUUCCUCAGCACCGGCCUCAACGAUCACUCCAACAGAUCAUCUGAUGAGGUUUCUCUGGAGCAGGAGUCGGAGGACGACAUGAACUCCUCCCGCACUUCCCUCGACAAGCAGACGCAUCACCGUGCCAACACAACCAUGCAUGUGUGCUGGCACCGCAACACCAGUGUGUCUAUGUCUGAUCACAGCCUGGCCGUGGAGAACCAGCUGUCAGGCUACCUGCUGAGGAAGUUUAAGAACAGCAACGGCUGGCAGAAACUCUGGGUCGUCUUCACCAACUUCUGCUUGUUCUUCUACAAGACCCACCAGGACGACUUCCCCCUGGCCAGCCUGCCGCUGCUCGGCUACACGGUCAGCACCCCCGACGAGUCGGACAGCAUUCACAAGGAGUACGUCUUCAAGCUGCAGUUCAAGUCGCACGUUUACUUCUUCAGAGCUGAGAGCGAGUACACCUUUGAGAGAUGGAUGGAGGUGAUCAAGAGUGCGGCGAGCACCACGGGCCGGAUGAGCCUGCUCAUACCUAAAGGUGGUGCUGUGGAGAUCAAUGGAAGCUAAAUGAAGCAUUAUGCAUCCUGAGGCUGGGCCUCUGGGAAAAAUCACAUUUGUUAUUUCUAAGUUUGGUUUUUGAAGAAUAACAACUGGAGACUGAAAGAUACUGCCAGAUUGCGUGUUUAUGUUUUCAGCUUCUUUCUAAAAUGUGUGCAUUUUUGUUUUCCUUUUAGGUAUAUAAAUAAUAACAAACAUCUCAGUAUAAGGGAUAUAAUGAAAGGGAGGUGUGUACAUUAUGAUCUAUUUUUGUGACCCUCCCCCCUUUUUUUUUGCAUGUGUAGUACCCAGUUUGAUUUUUUUUUUUACACAAACUGAAAGUAAAUCCAGUUUUAUGGGACCAGCCACAUUUUAAAGGGCUUAAGUUUUCCGCUUUUGAAAAGGUCAUCACGCAUGACGACUGAAGCUUCACUUGGUACAUGUUUGGGAUGCGGAUGAAGCGCGGCAUGUGGGACAUGAAGGUACAGCUGGGAUGUGCCCUGCGUUGUAUUUCAGGGUGAGCCGAGACGUGGUUGAGAAAGUCACAGUCAUGUCGAACAGUUGGUCGUCGGGGACGAGAGGUUUGGAGGUUGCUGCUCUGCUGACUCAGACUGUGCAACUAAUAUUGCUGGAAAUAGGAGGAUGGAUUCAGUGUGUCUGUUUCUUAACAGAAUAACAGAGUUUCAGUUGUUUACAGGGUAGAUGUUCUGCUUUAUGCCUCAGAUUAAGCUGCAUUAUUGUCAAUUUGGUGCUAUAUUUCUCUCCCAGCUAUCGACUAAUGAAAUCUAUCCUGUUUUAGUUUACAUAGGGAUAACAUCUCAGCAGCAUACUGAGCAGAGUUAUCUAAGUGUGAAGGUUUUCCCUCUAAUGAAGCAGAAGAACAUGUUGAGCUCCUCUUAUCAAGCUGUUUUAGAUAAACAGGAGUUGAUGAGGUAUGACUGACUGAACAGCUGAUUUAGUUUGGUAAGAGGAAUAAUGGUAUUGUUUGGUUUAUAUAUUUUCUGUGAAGACUGGAAUCUUUAUACCCUCUGUGUGUAUGUGAGUGUGUGUUUGUGUGUGUGUGAGGAGGGGAGGUACUAUCCAUGUACUCUUACACCUCCGCCUCUGGGGCCUCAGAAGAAUGUGACAGAGGCCAUCUCCUGCCCGCUACCCAUUUCUGCAUGUGUAUGAACCUGUUGCCCAGGUAACCAACACCUAUGUCUCACCUAUUUAUUGUCGUCAGCCGUGUUUCUGAAUGCCCUCGUGUAGACUUCAUGUUAUUCCACUGAAAACGUAACAAAUAAAACUGAAUUUGACUGAU